GUACUCCUACUGUGAGCGUCGGCCAGGCCCGGAGCUUCAGCCAACUCCACCUUUAAGUGGUUUGAAUUUUGAGCCUCUUGUAGUCCUGAUGAACAGUUUCGCUUUCCUCAAGUUUAUGACACUUGGAACUUCAGCAGUUGGAGGUUUAUGCACUUUGGGACCGGCCAAGAGUGUGCAGAGUGUAAAGUACUAAGGGGCAAGAGAUCAAAAUGGCUUCCAGAGGAAAGACAGAGACAAGCAAAUUAAAGCAGAAUUUAGAAGAACAGUUGGAUAGACUAAUGCAGCAAUUACAAGAUCUGGAGGAAUGCAGAGAGGAACUUGAUACAGAUGAAUAUGAAGAAACCAAAAAGGAAACUCUGGAGCAACUAAGUGAAUUUAAUGAUUCACUGAAGAAAAUUAUGUCUGGAAAUAUGACUUUGGUAGAUGAGCUAAGUGGAAUGCAACUGGCUAUCCAGGCAGCUAUCAGCCAGGCCUUUAAAACCCCGGAGGUCAUCAGGUUAUUUGCAAAGAAACAACCAGGUCAGCUUCGGACAAGGUUAGCAGAGAUGGAUAGAGAUCUCAUGGUAGGAAAGCUGGACAGAGGCCUGUAUACUCAGCAGAAAGUGGAGAUACUAACAGCUCUCAGGAAACUUGGAGAGAAGCUGACUGCAGAUGAUGAGGCCUUCUUGUCAGCAAAUGCAGGUGCUAUACUCAGCCAGUUUGAAAAAGUCUCUACAGACCUCGGCUCCGGAGACAAAGUUCUGGCAUUGGCAAGUUUUGAGGUUGAAAAAACAAAAAAAUGACAUGGUGUGGAGGCUUGGAACAUUGGUCACAUUCUUGCUAUAAAUGGCGUUUGUCUUCUAGGGAUUUUGAAUCAUUGCAGAGCAAUCAAGAGAUUCUUGAAAUGCAUUGAUAACCUAAGAAAAGGUGACAGAAAAACAUACUUGUGGCUUCUGGUUAUACCCUUCAUCAUUGUGCUUUGUGUAGGGCUCCUGCCUGAGUCAUCCUAGACUUGUUGGGAUGAGGGACCCAUUGGACCUUAUUCAUUAUGUCUUGUGUGUUUGAGAGAGAGAACAGAAAAGUUUCUCUGCCUGUUUUUUUUAAGCCUCCUUGUUUUUAAGUGCUGAUAGUAAAUGAAAAGAUGUGAACUAAUGAUUCUUUUCUGUUCAUAAUUUAUCCCCAUUUAUUGGAGUGAAUAGUGUACCAACAUCAAUAGACCUCAUGUGUGUUCAUAGAAUUUUAGAGUUCUAAGUGAUCUUAGAAAUCAUUUUCAUUUUAUAAACAAGGAAACUGAGGCUCAGAAAGAGCAAGUUGACUUGCUUAACGUCACAUCCAAGACAGAGCUGGUGAUAAGACUUGGGUGUCCUGACUCUCAACUUUGUGUCCAUUGAGUUUUAUUUCUGUAUUUUGUGCUGUUUUUAAAAACUAAUUAAGACAUAUUUGGGCAAGUUUGUGUUUAUGAAAAAUUCGGUGUCCCAACAGAACAUUGUCACUAAGGGACCGUUCCUCAGCCUGUAAGGCCUCCGUAUGAAUGGGGCCCAUUGUAUCUCUGAGUUUUGAGCUUGGAACAAUGGGAGCCCUGUUGAGAGUCUCCUGGAGUAACUUAACCUCCUGCCAUUGUUCCACCAGGGAGGCAAUUGAAAGUGGCAGCUGGAGGCCCUCCCUGUGUGUGACCUCUUUGCUGAAACCCAGAGGGUGGUGACUGUAAACUAUUAUUUACUCUUCAGUUUUUGGAGAAACACAAAAUAAGUUAUGAGGAAAAGCAUACUCUUGAGUGUUUAUGUUUCUCUGCAUGCUUAAAUAUAUAGAUUUCCCCAUGCAGGUGUAUGUUAGCUUAUAUUCUAGGCUCUGGCCACUUUAUAUUUUUUCAUGUAUUUCUCAGUUUUCUUUUUCUUUGCACUUUAUACAAAUUAAAAACAUUUUUAAAGCUUCUUGUAUACUGUAAACUCUACUAGGUGCUCUGCCAACUGGACAAAUUAGGGACCUCAGCUUCAUUAAUGCCUUAUUUGGAACUUUUAAUGGGUAACUUUUUAUAUAUGGGUUUACGAUGGUCAAAAACUCAUUGAAAUUGUGACAAAUCAAGAAGAAGCAAAUGACCUGCUAUUCAUCUAGGACUUUAUGGUCAAUCAUCAUUUCAUUAUUCUGCUUUUUGCUUGUUUGUUUUAUUAAGUAAUCUCUACACCCAACGUGGAGCUUGAACUCAUGAUCCUGAGAUGAAGAGUCGCACGCUCCAACUGACUGAGCCCUCCAGGCACCCCUAUUCUAUAUAUUUUUUUCAAUCAAGGUGAAACUCUCAUAACAUGAAAUUCACCAUUUUAAAGUGUACAAUUCAGGGUGUUUAAUACAUUCAAAAUGUUGUGCAAUCAUCACCAUCUUGUUCCAAAACAUUUUCACCCCCCCCCCAAAGGAGACCCCGUGCCCAUUAGGCAGUCACUCCAUGCCCUCCUCUUUAUCCCAGCAACCACUAAUCUGCUUUCUGUCUCUAUCUCUGGGUUUAUCUGUUCUGGAUAUUUCAUAUCAAUGGCGUCAUACCGUAUGUGACCUUUUGUGUCUGGCUUCUUUCACUUAGCAUCAUAUUUUCAAGGUUAAUCUAAGUUGUAGCACAUACCAGUACUUCAUAUCUUUUAAUGGCUGAAAAUACUUCCUUGCAUGGAUACCACAUUGUGCUUAUCCACUUAUCUCUUGAACAUUUGGUUUUUUCCACUUUUUGGCUAUUGCAAAUAGUACUGCUAUGAACAUUUGUGUAAGUUUGUUUAAAUACCUGUUUUCAGCUCUUUUGGGUAUAUACCUAUGAAUGGAAUUGCUGUCUGUAUGUGUAUUUUUGGGUAUUUUUCGUUUUGUUUUUUAAGCCAUAACAAGAUUCCCCCUUCCCCUCCAGUAGUAGGAUAAGGAAAAUUAGGAAUAUUUGGUAUUUGAAAGGGGCCUAGAUGAAUCCCGAGUCCUUAAUUUUGGUUUCUCUUACACUUUUUCUAAGACUAACAUCAGUGAAAUAUUUUGUCAUUAAUCUCAUUAGUGUAUUCAUUUUGUAAGCAAUGACUAGUACUCAACUUAAAAUUAAUCUUCCUUUAAAAGUUGCAAAGUUUUCAGUGCCUAGCAAUACACUGUCAUUUAUGGCCAUGUGACCUUUGGUAGGUUAUUUAAUCUUUUUGAGUCUCAUUUUCCUCUUCUGUUCAAUGGGGAUAAGUGGGUAGGACCUACCUACUACAUAGGAUUACUGUGGAUUCCCCUCUUUUCCUUAAUGCAGAAAGGUUUGCAUUGGAGCUAAUCUACCAUUUAACAAUUCUUUCAAGGGCCAUAUGAUAUGUUUUGUUACACAGAUUUGGUAUAAUUUAGAAAAAUAAAUUGGAAAGUGAAUAAUUUGAAAAUUCUGUACAAUUAUAGUUAUUAAAUGAUGUGCAAACUAGAUUUCCUGUUCAUAUUUUACUAUAUUUAAUCUUCUGGUUUUUUGAACUUCUUGGGAGGUUUCAGACUGCAAUAAUUAAUGCCAAGGCAGCUAACUUUUUGAUAUACUUAGGUCAAGCUAAUAAUGAGAAGAAUUCCUGCAUUUUUCAAAGAACUGGGGUUGAAGCAGAAGUAAAUUCCAACAAGCAAGCAUACAACCGGGCUGUUGAAUAAAAGUUAAUAAUUU